UUUGCGUCCAGAAAUGAAUUCGCCAUGUGGGUGAUCCUCCUUAUGAUAGGUGUAGUCGUUUUGCGACUUGGGUGUUGCGGUAUGAAGAGAGAUUGUGAAUUUGGAGCUUGUUAGGUUGGAGUGUUGGCCAUUGUGGGUUGUUUUUGGAAUUCGUCUUUAGUUUGAUGUGUGGGUGAACGCCCAGGAGAUUUCUAGAGCUGGGGAUGAAAGCAUGUGCGGGACCAUGCCAGUGCAGAGCAGCAAUCACUAAAGGGCCGAGCUCGGCCAUGGCUGCUCUUCGUAUGGCGCGGUCUUUGGCGCUGCCUCCGUUGCUCUUUUCAGGAUCUGCCUUUGCGGGGCGUGGUGCUUUGAAAGCGGCGCGCUGGCCUCUUCAACGAAGUGCUCCAACAAUUCCUUCCAGUGGCAACUUUGUUAAUGCUUUCCCGUCCGUCCCUCUGCAAAAGCGUCAGCGGUCUGGUCUUGCGGUCUUGAACAAGUUGUCUCCGAAUUGGCUGGAUGGUCAGAGCUCAAGUUCCUGGCACCUACAGUUGGUUCUGCUUGCAGCAAGAAGCAUUAGACCUUGUUACUGCCAAAAUGGUUUUGGAGCUGCAAGCAUUUCUAGAGCUCUCAGUACUGGCAGUGGAGGUGGAGGAUUUGGUGGAGUUGGAGGAUGGGGUGGAGGGGGAGCGGGUGGAGGUGGUGAUGAUUUGGGUAUGCCAUCCGCAGGAGAGUCUACGUUUGCCUCUGAAACAACAUCUCCCCUUACGGAAGAUGUCAUCGUUCUGGACGUGGGGGGGAUGUCUUGUGGUGGUUGUGCUUCAUCCGUGAAGAGGAUAUUGGAAUCACAGCCACAAGUAACAGGGGCGACUGUUAAUUUAGCAACGGAGACUGCACUAGUAAGAGUAACGUCAGAAUCUGUGAUAUCAAGUGGGUGGGAGAAGGUCAAGCGUCAACUUGCUGAAGCUUUGGCUAAGCACUUAACCAAUCGCGGUUUCAAGUCCACCGUUCGAGAGCAGGACGGAAAAGAGGGUGGUAAGGUAGCGCCAGCGGCACUUCGCAAACGUGAAGAAAGACUAGCUCGACUAAAAGAUAGCGGGCGAAGGCUAGCAGUUGCAUGGACGCUUGCGGCAGUGUGCUUGGUGGGCCACAGUCAUCAUUUAAUUGGUCAUUUGGGUCCAUCCUGGCUUCAUAUGCUACACUCCACUGGGUUUCAUGCAGCCUUGUCAUUGGCUGCUCUGGUUGGACCUGGGCGUAAGCUAUUAGUGGAUGGAUGGAAGAGUCUUGUUAGAGGUUCGCCUAACAUGAACACUCUUGUUGGACUGGGAGCAAUAUCAUCAUUUGCUGUUAGCACUGCUGCGGCUCUCUUCCCGAGAUUGGGGUGGCAAGCAUUUUUUGAGGAGCCCGUGAUGCUCUUAGCAUUUGUGCUUCUGGGAAGAGCAGUGGAGGAGAGAGCAAAGCUUCAGGCCAGCAGUGAUAUGACUGCCCUUUUGAAUUUCCUGCCCUCUAAAGCUCGCCUUGUCAUGGGAUUUGACAACAGUGGCCAUCCAACUACUGUGACUGUUCCCUGCGAUAGCUUAUCUGUUGGAGACUCAGUUGUUGUGUUGCCUGGGGAUCGAAUCCCUGUGGACGGUGUAGUCAAGUCCGGAAAGAGCACUGUGGAUGAGUCCAGCCUUACGGGAGAGCCCUUGGCUGUCCUGAAACAAUCUGGGGAUGAAGUCACAGCUGGAACCGUUAACUACAAUGGUACUAUGACAGUUGAAGCAAUGAGAGCAGGUGGCGAUACUGUGAUGAGUGAUAUUAUCCGUAUGGUAGAGGAUGCUCAGACAAGAGAAGCUCCUGUGCAACGACUUGCUGACAAGGUUGCGGGUCGAUUCUGUUAUGGAGUGAUGGCAUUAUCUGGCGCUACAUUCGCCUUUUGGACUACCUUUGGACCUGCGUUAUUUCCAGCAGUUGUUCCAACCGGAGGACCCCUACUUCUUGGGCUUCAGUUGGCCUGUAAUGUUUUGGUCAUUGCUUGCCCUUGUGCUCUUGGACUUGCGACUCCUACAGCUGUUCUGGUUGGUACAUCCCUUGGGGCGAGGAGGGGUCUUCUCAUAAGGGGGGGAGACAUUCUGGAGAAUGUAUCAUCUGUUGAUACUAUUGUGUUUGACAAGACCGGAACUCUUACAGUUGGUAGACCCGUCGUCAAGUCCGUGAUCUGUAGCAACAUAGAUGGUCAACCAUCUUCAACGUGGACGGAAAAAGAUUUGCUGACAUUAGCUGCUGGUGUUGAGCGAACCGCAUCUCACCCUAUUGCUAAGGCGCUGGUCCAGGCAGCAACAAGCGCUGGUUGCCGCCAAGCAGUGGUCCAGGAGUCUACGUUUGAACAGGAACCAGGGAGUGGAGCCAAAGCUAUUGUUGAAGGGAAGCUUGUAACUGUGGGCACGUUAGAAUGGCUUCGCAGGGCUGGAGUUGAAGGAGUGGCUCCUGAAGCCCCAGAUGCUACAACGCAAGGGCAGACUAUUGUGUACGUCGGUGUGGAUGAUAAGCUUGUGGGAGCUGUCACAAUGAUAGAUGAGCUGAGGGAUGAUGCUAAAGCUUCCGUUGCGGCGCUUCAUCGAAUGGGCAUGAAAACCUCCAUGCUUUCAGGAGAUAAACAAGAGGCCGCAGAAGCUAUUGCUGCAAAAGUGGGCAUCGAUCGACAACAGGUGUAUGCUGGAGUCAAGCCAUCUGGAAAAGCAGAUUUCAUCAGGCAGCUGCAGUCGGAGAACAGGCACGUGGCGAUGGUUGGAGACGGCGUCAAUGACGCUGCAGCUUUAGCUCAGGCCCAGGUCGGCAUUGCCAUGGCAGGCGGAGUUGGAGCUGCUAGCGAAGUGGCAUCAAUAGUUCUUAUGGGGGACAAGCUGAGCCAGGUUGUUGAUGCUCUUGAGUUGAGUCGUUUAACGCUCAAGAAGAUAAAACAGAAUCUUUGGUGGGCAUUCAUGUAUAAUAUUGUGGGACUCCCUCUCGCUGCUGGUGCUCUGCUACCUUCAACGAACAUCAUGCUUACUCCAUCAAUUGCAGGUGCUCUCAUGGGUAUAAGCUCUUUGGGUGUAAUGACUAAUUCAUUGCUACUUCAGCUGGAGUUUUCACGGCCUUCUCACAACAGGCACAAAAAGGCUUUGGACUCAUCACAGAAUGCGAAGUCUGGUGAAAAAUACCUUGGACGUAAACCUCAAGACAAUGACAUUGAGUUAGGAAUAGGUUCACAGGGCAAGUUUUCUCACUGAGAACCCCGUUAAAUACGGUUCAUUUUCUUAACCAUCAUGGUUUUCUCCAAUUCAGCAUCAUUAGCAUUUAGCGUGUGUACAACAUGUAUCACGGAGAUAUUAUUUGUAGAAUUCCAGUAAUAGGAAAAGAAAGUCUAGCGCAUGUACAACCUGCAUCAAGGUCACGUCUUCAAAAGUUCCAUUUACACCAAUGCUUGAACUGAUCUUUGAACAUCCUCUAAAUUCUCAUGUGUGUGGGAAAUAGUACGUUGUAAUAUCUCUUCAAUUGAGGAGUGUUUUUCUUCA